CCUCUAAAAAAGAACAACAACAGCUUUGGCGAGUUUCAUUUUUUUGGGGCUCCACAGUUCUUCCCAUUGUAAUUUGUUUAUUUGUUAUCAACCCGAUUCUUUCAUUAAACACCAUGGGAGGCUGUGCGAGCAAACCUAAGGAGUCUGAUAUCAUUGAAACCUCUGCUGUGACUGAAAACGCUGUCGUCGAGUCCAAGAACGUCGAAGCUCAGGAAAAGGCAGAUGAAGUUGUUGCAGAGAAGAAGGAAGAGUCCUCUGGAGAUGGAGCAGAGACACAGAAGGACGCUGAGCCAGCCAAGCCUGAGGAAGCUGAGCAAGCCAAGCCUGACGAAGCUGAGCCAGCCAAGCCUGAGGAAGCUGAGCCAGCCAAGCCUGCCGAGGCUGAGCCAGCUCCAGAGGUGGUUAAGACCGAAGCAGCUCAAGAAGCUGCCGUUGAAACUGUUGUUGAGAAAGCUUCUGGUGAGACUGAGCCACCAAAACAAGAGGAGGCUGCAGCAACAGCCACUGAAACCAAAACCAACGAAGAGCCACUUGUAACCCUUUGAUUCUCAUUUUCCAUUCUCUCAAAUCUCAGUUUGUUGUAAUAAUCACAAUUUCUGUAAUUUGUAUGUUUCUCACCACUGUUGUAUUGCUAAUGUCGCCACAUGUAACUUAUGAAACAAUAGACUUGUUGUGAUUUGUGAUCUCCUCAAAAUAACUAUCACAUUGUGAUUCUUCUUCAU